AACUAUUGCCGAAAUUUGCAGCUUGGCCAUGUUAUUGAGGUUCCUCUUGUUGCAUGUGGCUGCAGUGGCUGCAGAUGACACGAUUUGCAAUUUGCAAAAGCAACAUUUCGGAGGGUUAUUAGGCUUGCAGCGCGAUCUUGAGAAAGAUGGAAGUCGAGACCGGCCAAACGGUGUGCAAGACUUGUGGUCAAGGCCUGGCUUCGCGUUCAGACAGUGUCCUAAGGGGACAUCCUCACAGUCGAAAGUCCAACUGCUUGCAAGGCCUCACCUAAAGGAUUUGCCAUCAAAGCCAAAGUGUUUGCCUAAAGAAGUGUUGAUCGGAGACUUCGUAGGAGAUUCCUACGAGUUUUCCUGUUGCGAUGCCGGGGAGCAAUGUGGGGGUUGCCGUGCUGUGAAGGAUGGCGCUUGUCAGAAGUGUGCUGCUGGAUAUGUGAUGCAAACAAUCCCAGUCCUCGGCACUUCCAAAUGCUUCGUUUGUGACGAUGUUCCUAAUUGGCAUGACAUGCACGGGCAAAGCUGUGCAGACCUUCAAAAGCUUGGCAUGUGUUCAGGAGCCUGGCCGAAGGAGGAUCAAGAUGUUGCAUUUCAGGGAGUUAGGCCAAGUGAAGCAUGCUGCGCCUGUGGCGGGGGUAGCAUCUACCCAACUCCUGUCUACAUGCCUUUGCAAAGUAAAUCACUGCAUUUUGGGCAAAACAUUGACGAAACCCCGAGCCCCAUCACAGCAGGAGAGCAGAUGGUGGCGCCAGGAUGCACACUAGCAUCAUCUGGCCUUGAGCUUGGUAAAGAUGGCCGUAUCUCCGGAGAGGUCACCAUGAGUAAUCAAACAGUGAUCAAAUGCUCCACUGUGUCGGUGCAAGAUCCAGUACGGGGAAUUGUCGCCAACAUAGAUUUGUCAGUGCCUGUCUCCACUUUUUCUUAUGGUCAACAGACUGUAUUCUUCAAGUUCUGGGGUUUGGACCGCACUCCAUCGCGGCAGAUUGUCCGCCUUCGGUCCAAGAAUCGUAGAAAGCUAAAGCUGACGAGUUUUCAGCUUCAAUGCGAUCCUGCAUGCCCAUGGCUUUCGAUCACUUCCAAAGGUGACCUCCUCUGGAAUUCAACCAACGGCCAUGUUCCCCAUGGCAGAGCUGGCUCUCCUGUUGCGUCAGAUGACUUGACGGAGGUGACUACAUUGGCAGGAAUGCCAUCUUGCAGCUGCCAGGUGCUUGCAACCUUGCAAACACAACAAGUCUCUACACAGUUUUUGGCAGCUCAGGCACGCCUGUGGAAAGGAGCAGUGUGGGAUGUGCCCAGCAUCGUGGCUCGCAUCUCUACAGAGAUUCUGGAGGUGCCACUUUUGGAAGACCUAGGACCUGGCCUACGCUGGUACAAUCGCUCCGGCCAUUUGGCCUUCCAACUGGACCCGUCCACGGGUGCCAUCAGCGGCACUCCUCGCUUGAGCUUGCCCGCCACCCAGGGCCGAGCUGAGGUCAACGUGACCUGCCACGUGGCGCUGGGAGGCCCUUUCUAUGAUCAAGCCCUGCCAGUAGCUAUCUUCCACAUAAGGCUGUUGGAUGAUGUUUGUUGGGUGCCCCGCAAUAUUUCGGGACACUUCCGUUGGAAGGAGAAGUCCGUCCAGGAACCACAGUGCCUCCAAACAUGCCGACUGCGAGACGAUUGUGCAGCCGUCCAAUACAAGGAGGACACUUGCAGGUUUAUGGUCAGUGAUGGGAAAGAAACAUUUUUGGACGGUCAGGUGCUGGUGCGGCUGAACAAUUGCUCAGAGCAAGAUGCUAGCCUUAACUUGGCUGUGCCUGGAGCCCAGUAUCUUCAAGGAGAAUUCGGAGUGAUGAACUUCUACCAGAAUGAUGCCUCGUAUUCUCGUGCCGGAUCGCUUCCUGAGCGACAGUUGGUUUUGGGUCGAAGAGCAAGCGUGCAACGAAUCCCUGAAUCUUGUGCAAAGUCAUCAUGGUUCCUCCUCCACAUUAACACCUCCGACUUCGAAGAUUCAACGUUAAUCAAUGCGCCAGAGUUCUUUGGGGAUACCAUCGCUUGUAUUGACUCCGACGUGGUCAGCAAGGCCUUCAAGCAUGGCCAAGAUGCCUUCGACUUGCGCUUGCUGCCAAGAGAGGUUGAAUCAACUCCCCUCUAUGAUCAGCCUCCUGCACUGCAACACGGCACACUGGCUUUGGGGGUGCCACCCUGCGAGAAGCCAAGCCAGGACUUGCUCUUGGGGACCUUGAGCGAACCUGGCAUUUAUUCAUUGCACCCAUGCGAAUGCUUCGGGGCAGCUUAUGCAAGCGUCGAGCCUGUGCACGAAGACUCUGAUGCAGCGGUGCCACGCAAUCCGCAGGGCUACUUCAACAACGGCUCUGUUUCCGACCAGCUCUUAUUCUCCGGCCCGUACACCUGCGAAGAGUCUGCCUCUGUCGGGCAUUUCAGCCACCUGGAAAUGGACGAAUGUCAAAGGGCCUGUGCUUCCAAAUCUGAGUGUCAGUUCUACUUGUUUGGAAAGACUGCCCAGACCUGCACCUUGUUCCAGAGCUGCAGCUACAUCCAAGAUGUUGGCCUGCAGAUCACGAACGAGGUCUAUGGAAUGUCUCCUGAGUUUGGUUCUUAUUGCCGCAUCGCAAACCCAGAACAAUGUUGGCAAGAGAUCAAGCGCCGAAGCAUGCUGAGUUUCACUCCAUCGAAUUUGCCCAGCUGCCUUUUCCAAGAGCAAUAUGAGGCUUGCGAUGCGCUUCAGCUUCUUCUUGGAAAGCAAGAUGGUCCUUGCAGCCGCUGCCAGUACAUUGAUGCCUCAAGUGCAUUUGCUGCGGUUGGUCUCAAGAAGGUUCCACCCCCAGAAGAUUUUCCAUCGGCCUCACAGAUUUUGGUCUCUUGCAAUGACACUUCCAGAAUGUUUAGCAGGCUGCAGAAUGGUCUUCGCUGGGAAGGUCCAAUGCAAGGUGAUGCAACCUUUACGUGCGUGAGCGGUGAAUGGGUUGGUGAACUUGGCCCUUGGCAAUAUCUGACGAACUUGACGUGCCAAGCUUAGGGAUGGUGCGGGGCAAGGAUGCUGAAGGCCAAAGACAAGAUUCGGCGCGGCACACAUGUAUUAUACUGUAUGAUGCAUUUGUACUCACGGGCAU